UGCCUCGGAGCGAUGGAGGUCACGGAAUCUGGAAAUUCUGGAAUGUUCGAAGCUCUUGACAGCGAGUCGCAAGAGAAAUGGCCAGAUCUGACGUGAGACUCACGGGGAAUCAGUAAGAACCCGGCACUGCAUAUUCUGCUGACUCCGUGAUUCUUAACUUGAAGCAAAAGGUGCCCGGAACUACUUAAUCCCCGUGGAAUGUGUGCAUCGUGACACCUGGGCCUGCAGAUCGGCAGCUGGCGCAUUGUAUAUGAGGAAUCACGAGGACCGGGUCCGAAGAUCGAAGUUCGAAUAGAGAUAUCGUCAAUUUCUCGAACCACUGCACUCCGAAGAGAAUUUUGAUAGCUUUGAGUUUGGCAUUCGGACCAGACCAGGUCAACCUGCGUCGGAUUUGACUCGACGAUCUGUGUUCUCGACGCAUCUUGAGGACGAGGAUUGCAUCUGGAGGACGAGCGUGCGUGCGUCGAUGUUUGUUUAGGUCAGUGGUCCUCCGACAGGUCUAGCCCGCGCACAGAAUUCGAAAGUUACCGCGCCUAGACGUUGGAUUUAGCGAUCGGCGCCCCUUCAAGACCUGUCGAUCGCCCUCGUAGAUUCUUUCUGCUGCUGCUGCUGCUGUGCUGAGUGAGGGGAAUUCGUUCGAGCGCCGAGCGAAGAUGGGAGGAGGUGUCGAUGACGAUUCUUGCGCAAGCGAACUUGGACUUGUUGUGACCCAUGGUCAUGUUGCCGAUGACGACGAUUCUUGCGUAAGCGAGCGGGGGCUUGUUGUGAGCGAUGGUGGUCAUGUUGCCGAUGACGAUUCUUGCGCAAGCGAUCGGGGGCUUGUGGUGAGCCAUGGUCAUGUUGCCCCCGCCCCCGAAUCGACUCCAGAAUACCUCGAGAAGCUCGUCACCGUGUUUUGCCAAGCUGGCCCCAACUAUCGGCUGUCCAUGAGAGCGGACGGCAUAGUCCUGGCAUUCAAGAAUCUCGAGGACCCCAAGCAGCAGUGGGUCCAGAUCGACAUGGGCGACAAAUUCCAGGAUCAAGAGGGCUUCCCCGCAUUCAUCCUCGUCAACAAGGCUACUGGACACGCGAUGUCCCACGCCCACACCGUCGGAGACGUCGUCACUCCGCAGCUGUACACGGCCAACUCCUUGAACAGCGCCAUUCUCUGGACUCAGGGCAGAGAUGAAGGCGAUGGUUUCACUGCCAUUAGACCAGUACACGAUAUUCGCUUGAACCUGGAUGCUGACCACGCGAGCAAGAAGCACGGCGGUGUCGAAGAUGGCAACAAACUGUUGAUCUUCACCUGGAACAAGCAGGAGAAUCAGUUGUGGAAGAUAGUCGAAUUGGUACGCGUUUAGUUCAUAUGCAUCUUCAAGGGUUUGAAGUCACAUCACAUCUAAUGAGCGCUGCUGUUAUAUCGAAAGAGCUCAAUACAUCGAAAGAAGCAUCUGAAAUGGAAGCUUGUGGGCGAGUCUCAUGAAAUUAACAAGAAUGUAGUCAUUUUUUAAGCUCGUAGAUGGAGAUCUGAAUAUACUAACGGGUUAAGACUACAGGUUGCGCCUGCUCAUAGCACGACGUAAAAGAGUAUGCAUUGUUGGCUCGUUCAAUUGUUCGCAUCACUCGCAGGAAGAAUCUUAGCUACUGGCCGCAAACCUUCAUAAAUUAGAAACAGGCGGUCAAGGAGUUGGAACAAUUAGCCUAUUCGGCAAUGAUGCGGCAAGGCAGAAUGGCUGUCGAAAAGUUCUUUCAUAGGCAGCUGACAUGAUCUCACAAUUUUGUAUUUUACUUGUUUUGUUGAUAAAUUGUAUUGUCAUGAAGUGAUUCUGUUCCCAGACGGAGUGUGAAAUUCGAAAGCCAUCACGUUCGUGAUCUAUCAGUGAACUGCACA